AUGAGGGGACAGAGAAUGGCCACGACGCGCCUUGGCUUUAUAUCCCAGGAGCUAUACCUCCCGCCUCUGCCUCGGGUCCUUCUCAUGGCCCACCUACGGAAGCACCUCUCGCCCACAUUCUCGCAGUUGGCUUCCUAUUCGGGGCGUCGCAUCGCAGGGAUACACCUCGAUCGGCCCGCCCUCCGCUCUGCCCGGGCCCAGAUUCACAGGAUGCAGUUUGGAGGAGACCAUGAUGCCAUGCGUAGAGUUGCAUCAGCCCAGCGGGUAUUGCACAGGUUGCUUCGCAUAGCCCGACGCGAGUCAUCCAAUGACGAGCGCGUCGGGAACCACAGGUUGGAAGAACUAGGUUGCGGCCUGCCUCUCAGCUCCAUAUCGGCUGCAGCAACUUGCGGUGGUGGUUCGGCGCUGGCACCCAGGACCAAGCAAGCCUGGAUGGCCAACUUCCCCUGA